GCAGCGAACCAGAGCAGCGAACCACCCUCACCAAGUCACCAGUUUACGCUUUCGGCGUGGCACUCUGGCCCGAGCCUCUGGUACCGCCGCAUGAGGGACCCCUAAAAGCCUCAAGCAACACGCGCCUUGCCGGGAAUCCAAAUUCAACAAAGAACGCAACCGGCCCUGUGCCCUGUUAGGAACCGCGACCUUUUGGUCAGGUUCCGCCCUCACAGUUGCCAAGCUGGAUAUCUUACCUUUUGUGACCGUUGCAGGCUGGUCCCAGCAUACGCGUCCAAGCACCGCCUCCGCCCCGUCUUUCGGCCACAUGAGAUCACAGUCCAGCUUCACCAGCCCGCUUCCCUCUGUCAAGGCAAACGCUACCACCCCCCGAGGCCAGCAUUACAGGUCGCCUUCGCUGGCCGACCUGCCGGAUAUGGCGGCCGACGUGACAUCACCCGGAGCGGCUUUGUCCUUCUCGCCAUCACCACCGCGCCCAAUAACUCCUUCCCCGUCUUCCCUUUCGGCCCACACCUUGGACGACGAGCAUGAGCUUAGCACGCUGCCCGACCCGAGGAGUAGGACCAUAAGCCCCAUAGACGGCCACCCGGAUCUGAACGACGAGGUCGCGACCCUGAGCAACAAGCUUAUAAACGCCAUCAACCACCAGACCACUCUCGGCGACACAUUAUCUGCCGCCAGGAUGGAGCUUGAGGAUGCCAGAGCGACAAUAAAAAACCUCGAGGCGCGGUUGGAGGAGCAGCGCGUCAUGCUCUCUGGAGACGUUUGGGUUAGGAGAAAGACUGUCGAAAGUGACAAGGCGAAGCUGCUGAGCCGUGUUGCCGAGGAGAAGAAGGCACGGGCCGAGGUCGAGCAGCAGAAGAAAAAGAUCGAGCUCGAGCUCGAGAACCUGACCACUGCUCUGUUCGAGGAGGCCAAUAAGAUGGUCAUCUCGGCAAAAGAAGAGUCCCAGAAGGAACAGGAAGUGCUGAUGAAGAAAAAUGAUCUGCUGAGGUCGCAGCUGGCUGAUACCGAGGGCCUGCUCAAGUCGCAGCACGACCAGCUCGCCGAGCUCAAGGCCGUAAUGGAGCAGAUGGGCGCCGAUCGGGACGACCUGACGGCCCUGACGACUCCGUCGUCCCCUGGCUUCAGCAAGUUCGACCCCAAGGACGACGACACGCCGCUUUCCGAGGGCGCAUCGCAGGCGGGCAUGCUGGAGCCCAUCUCUCCCUCGUAUCCGACCAGCUUCACCCAUCUAGUCCAGCCGGUGCUGCGUACCGAUCUGUCAGCAUACCAGGACUUUAUGACUCUUGUCCACACGACCAAGAAGCUUGUCAGGAGCAGGCCGCCCUCGGGCACCCAGAGCGCUGGCGCCAUGUCGGCCCUGGGCCUGUCGCUGGGACAUUCCACGAACGGGUCCAACGCGUCGGCCGCCUCCAUGGUAUCGGCCUCUGCCUCGUCGACGCCGUCUCUCCCCCAGACCCCAAACUCACCUGCUUCCGGUCUUGGCAUCACGGGGGCCAUCGCGCCCACAAGCCUCCCGCCACUCAGGGACAGCAAGUUCUACAAGCGCGCAUUGGCCGAGGACAUUGAGCCCACCCUGAGGCUAGACAUGGCGCCCGGGCUCUCGUGGCUGGCACGGCGCGCCGUCAUCGGCUCCAUAACGGACGGCUCCCUGGUGGUGGAGCCCGUGCCGGCGGGGUCCCCUGGCUCGUCGCUGGCGGCCAUCACGCGCCCGCAGUUCUUCCCCUGUGCCCUUUGCGGCGAGAGCCGCAAGGAGGAGCCGCACCUGCGCACGCACCGGUUCCGGACUAGCGAGGCGGAAUCCGCGCAGCGCUACCCGCUCUGCAAAUCCUACUGCCUCGUGAGGCUGCGGGCGGUCUGCGACUUUUUGGGUUUCCUUCGCCUCCUGCAGGGCGGCCACUGGCGCGCCGACGACGAGGACGCCGAGCGCGCCGCGUGGGAGGAGAGCGUCCGGCUCCGCGAGCAGAUGUUUUGGGCACGCAUCGGCGGCGGCGUCGUGCCCGCCGCGUCGCUCCACCAGCACUUCCACGGUGGCAGCCCCAUGCUGGGCAAGUCGUCGUCGUCCAGCCCGCGGGAGAAGGGCGGCAGCCCCAGAGCCAGCAAUGAGGCGGCGCGCAGGGUCGUCAGCGGGAGCCCCCAGCGGCCCAGCAUCGACGUCACCGGCUCCGACGACGACUCUGGCAAGACCACGACUCCCGUCGAAACUGCCGAAACUGCCGUUGCCGCCGCCGCCAAGAUCGAGGACCAACCUGCGGCCCCCACGGACGACCCUGCAGCAGCCCCAGCGGCAAUCUCGAAGCAGGCACCCGAGCCCUCCACCACCACCACCACCACCACCACCACCACCACCAAGACGACAGAGGCGGUAGCGAGGCCCGUGACUCCGUCUUCGGAGCCGGCGGCUUCGACCACGUACGCUGCUGCUGCUGCUGCCGCCGAUUGGGAGGAGGGCAGUGCACUGGCGGUCCAGAUCCCCAAUUAGUUUCGAGGCGUCACCACCCACCCACCACCCCACGCCGAGCCAGCAUUAUCCGCACAUUGAUAGGCUUCAUCACUUUCUUUUUUUCUUUCUUUUUUUUCUAUUGAUGACCACACCAGCAUCACUCGCCACUACGAUACUACCUCAACAUCUCUCGCUAAUAUCGGGUCUCCGUCUAUUUGGCCUCACACCCCACUAGCCACCUCGAGUAUAACAUGGCUUGCCCACCGCCAUUCCGAUACCCAGGCGGUGGUAAGUGACAUUACGAGAAUAACAGCGCAUUCGUUUCCAAUAUACCACCCACACAUGCACCAUCACCCACCAUCACCCACCAUCACCAGCACGAUCGUGCCACCGCCAUCACCCACCAUCACCAGCACGAUCGUGCCACCACCAUCACCCACCAUCCAUCCAUCCAUCCACGGCUGGACCUCGGACAUUGAUUGGAUCAUGCUCCGGGCAGCCAUGCCGCCUCUACUUGAAUUGUAAUAGGCCUACCAAGCAGGGAAUAAUUCUGGUUGGAAACAGACGUUUUUUCUUGUCUGCCAAAUUUCUGCCAUGUCGUUUUUACCACUCCAUUCUCCCCUUUGUCAUUUUUCUCUCUCUCUAUCUCGACCUCUCCCUAGACGUUGCAUUUCGCCUUGGUUUUCUUUGCAUGCAUUGGGGGUCUUGAGUGUUUUCUUGUCUUGCUUUUUUUUGGACUCCCUCUGUUUGGCGUUUGGAGUAGCACCCGGUGCACAUAUGCACGCACCAAAUGACAGGGGGACAAGAUGGAAAGGAUUUUGGGCACCUGUUUUUUUUUGGUCUGUCCUCCCUUGGCUGUAAUUGCAAAGGGGAAAUGGCGAAAAAAAGAGUCGUCAAUGCAGAAAAGGUUGAAAACUUUCUGCUGCUGUACCACCACACACUUUUUGUUCCUGAUUUUUGCAUUUCUUGGUUGGACCCGCGUAUGAUAUCCUUCCUCUAAGAUACUAUUGUGUUUUGAUCUCGUUGGGAAGGUCGGCCUCGGCUUUGAUGUGCAUGGUGCAUGGUGCAUGGACGGUCGGGAUGGGAAGGAGAGCAAAAAGAGAGGGGGGAACAUGAAUGGAAACACUCGAGCGAGAGGGUGUGGCCAAGGGGAGGGGAAGGGAGCAUCGCAUUUUCCAAUCAACAGAUGUCCUUUAUCUUGAUUCGUCUUUGCCGAUCCGUGGUGUCGAGAUCCCUUUGCCGUUGGUGUGUGCGCCGCUGGUUGGCCUUUUUUUUUCGUUCUUUCUUUUCCUCAAAUGGUUUCUUCGCGGCGCCAAUUAUGCGGCCCGGGGCUUGGUGGUGAUCUGGUCAGACGUGCAUCAAUCACAUAGUGACAGCACAGCACAGACAUGCGCGAGACGAUAACAAAACGGGAUAUAUAAGAUUAAGGGAGUAUUAGUGUCUGUUGAAGCGGCAUAGAAUGUUGUCCGAGGAGGUAAAGAUUCGCGUUGGGGAGGUGGAGGGCCAGAUCUGUCCAUGACGAUGAUGGAUGCAUGAUGGAAAUGUAUUCAUAAAGGGAAAAGCGGCUGUGGGUGUGAGAGGGAAAGGGAUGUGCAGAGAGAGGAGAGCAUGAGGGAGGGAAGGGAGAAAGAGGGGAAGGCAGUAUUGACGACGCCUCCAUCGCCUGCGCUAUGCAUGGAUGGGGGCCGCGCAGGUCUAGCCCAAGGCCGGCUGCUGUUGGGAACGACAAGGAAGAAGCAAGACGAAAGAAGUGCGGGCAGAUGAAUAUGUUUGAUGGUGGUAGUGGUGGUGGUGGUGUGUGAGUGUGUGCCCGUGUGUUGAGCGACUGGGGGACGAGAUGGUUGCCUGUUUUCUGACGGUGUGAGUAGGACCGGGCAUGAUGCCGGGGGCCGCGCGUGUGAUGUGCAAAAAUUGGUCCGGCUGCGGUGCUGCGGUGAGUCCCCGCCCGAAUAAGUCACCGGUUUCCUUUGUGAUGAUUCCAUUGUCAGUUCCUCGCAUCCUCAUCAUCAUCAUCAUUCGCUGCUCCUCUUUUCAUAUAUGCCC